UCUGAAUCUUGUGCAUCCGAAAAGAUUGAUGAUUCCGUUGUAAAAAGACUCAGCAGGAGCUUCUCACAUGUCUGUGAAAUUCUCAAUUCAUGUUGGUCCAAGUUGCGACUUAAUGUUGUAAGGCGUCGUUGAUUCCAUAGGUGUUGGUGGCAGCACGGAUGAAACAAAAGUCUUAGUUUCUAAGUCCAACCAGGUCGAAAUAAAGUAGUAGAGACUUCUGGAAGCUUGCAACUACAGGCGUAUAUUCGGUUUUUCUUCUCCUCGCACGACACACACCACCUCGCACACAGCUGCAUAGAAAAAAUGCCCGAGGCGCAGCAGCAGACCGUCGUUGCCGGCACGACGGUGCAGAAGCAGCAGGCUUCUCAGACCGCCGCCUCCACCAAGUCCAAUUUUCAGAAGGUUUGCGAGUUCCACCAGGCGUUCGGGGUGAAACACACGGAAACCCCCCAGAACGACAUCUUCGACGCUGAUCCGAAAACCUGCAAGCUGAGGCAGGACUUGAUCGCGGAAGAGCUGAAAGAGCUGUGCCAGGCCUUCAAGGAGAAAAAUUUCAUUGAGGUAUAGCAAUCUUAGUAGACUUCUCGGGAUGUGAUUGUUCUGAAAAACUGCAUUGUUGUUGACGUAGAAAUGUUGUUUUUCGUUUUGAGGUCGUCUUGCAUGUAAUAGUGAAAAGUUACUGUCUACUAUACAAUACAGUCAAAUGGUGCUUCCGUUCCAGAUGAAAAGCAAAAGUGCAAUCUUUUCAUUGCAUCACAAUCACUUUCCACAACCUGAACCCUCUAUACACCUAACAUCCAGGUCGUCGACGCUCUGAGCGACAUUCUGUACGUGACCUAUGGUGCGGGCAGCAGCCUGGGAGUGGACCUUGACAAGGCCUUUGGUCUGGUCCACGAGUCCAACAUGUCCAAGCUGUGCAAGAACGAGGCCGAAGCCAACCAGACCGUGGAAUGGUAUAAAUACGAUAGACUUGAUACUGUUGCUUUCGAACUCUAAGUAUGUCUGUUCCGAUAAAUGUGAUUCUCAAAUAAAACCAACCGCGAAUGACGAGAUAGUGUCCUCGUGGGGAUAAAGUGAUUUUGUUUUUGUCCAACGGAACGUGCAUCUACCGUUCAUCACAUGUCGUGGUAAAAAUGGGUAGUACCAGAAGUCCUGCAAAAAAAUACAGGUACAAGGCGAACAAGACCGGGCCGGAGGGGAAGUACCCCUACGACAGUCCGGCGUGGCGCAAGUCCGGCGACUACUACGUGGUUUACAACGAGUCCACGGGGAAGGUUCUGAAGUCCAUCAACUACGCUCCCGUCAGCUUCAAGGCCAUGCUUCCGCAGGCGUGAAGGUUUUUUUUUGAUACGGAAGAUGACGGAAACUAGCCCGAGGAAAUGUCAAACGUACAAAAUGUUGAACAAUUCUGUGGUGUUGAAGGAGUUCUUGUAGCACACGAAGGCUGCGGCAGCUACUUCGGAGACGAACACUUCUUCUUUCAUUACGAAAUGAACCUUGUGAUUUGGUAUUGGAUCAUUGGUGCGCUGCGGCGGUAUGGUGCACGAUAAAGUAGAACUUUCUGGAAUUCUGCGAUUGAUUUUGAUGUCGAGAGAAUCUAUAUUUUCUGAUUACAUAAUUCGGCAACGACCACAGCUCUUGUAGAUGGAAGUUGUUAACAUCGGUUUUGAUAAAGAAUUUCCAUCCACUGUACAGAGGUUUUUUUUGGAAGUUGAGCAGGUGCGGCGUGUAGAGAAAU